CAAUGACAUUACUUGUGUUGACAUCAUAAUUUUUCAUCUCAAAAUUUUGUAUCUUAUUUAUUCCGCAGGACUUCUAAAAUAUUCAAAGUCUAAUGAUUCGUGUAUGAAUUUCUAUUCGUUAUAUUUUCACUAAAAUGUUGAUUCCCUUUUAUGGAUAUUUGUAAUAGAUUUGAAUUAAAUCCUUUUUAUUGUUCUGAAACUAAAGUUUUACUAUGGGUGUAUAGGUAGUUUUAAGCAAAAAUGAAUCCAUACAGAGAGGUAGAGGAAAAUUCUUUUACUGCUCCUCCUCACUUGAACUAUGAGGAUAUAGCUACGAAACUGCUAAAAGAUCAUUAUUUUCUGACUGCAUUGGAGCUCCAUACAGAGCUGGUGGAAAGUGGAAGAGAACUGCCACAAUUGAGAGAAUUUUUCUCAAAUCCUGGAAAUUUCGAACAACAUGUAUCAAGAGCUUCUGAUUUCAAUUCUAUGCAUCGAACACCAAGUCAAGCUACUCUAGAUUCUUUGGAUACAGCACGAUAUUCAGAAGACGGAGGUGGAGACCGUGGAGGGAGUGGUGGGGAUGUCGCUGUUUUAGAAUUUGAACUUCGGAAAGCAAGGGAAACUAUAAAUGCACUGAGAGCUAACUUGACACAAUUUGCUGAUGGGGAUUCUGCUUUAGAUAAAACUACUAAAGAUAAAUAUAACCAGCGCUCUCUGAAACCUCAUGAGAAGAGAGCACUCAACUUCCUUAUUAAUGAAUACCUCUUAAUAGAAGACUACAAACUCACUUCCAUCACUUUUUCUGAUGAAAAUCCUGACCAGGAUUUCGAGGACUGGGAUGAUGUAGGUUUAAAUACCCCAAGACCUGCUGGUCUGGUCUCUUUGUUUUGGGGAAACUCUGCAUCACUAAAUGUGACUAAAGUUGAUGCAAGCACUGAAAUGGGCAAGGAGUUUAUGGAUUCCGAAUGUCAGACAGAUCUUGAUGAGGGAAAUGUGUGUGUCAGCUGUCAGACAUCCAUGGAUUGUGAUGCUGACUGGAAUCAUGAGCUCUUAAUUCAGGCCGAGGAGAUUGAGCUCCUCAAGCAGAAAGUAAUAGCGUUAGAGACAGAAAAAUUGAACUUCCAGAAACUGUAUGAUGCAGCUAUUGUGAGCCUUAAUUCAUUGACAAGCCCUUCGAUGGAUAGCAAGGAUGUUGAGUUGAGUAUACCUGAGGAGAAACUCUUGUCCGUUCAGAUGAGGACUGAGGCAUCAGAGCAGAGGCCCUUGACGUGUACUGCGACGGAAAACCACUAUGGUAGUGGGAACUCAACACACAGUGCCACUCCGGAACAGUUUGAAAUUAUCGAUAGCGAGAAAAAUAGUGUCACAAUUCGCAAAAGCGGCUCGAAUACUAGUUCAUUCUCGCCGCCGGCGGGCAGCGUCCGCGACUCCCCGCGCCGCGGCAGUGUGGCCACCCUCGACGACACGCUCAGCAUCAAUGACGCCGAGUGGACCCGAGUGCACUACGAGUACAACCCCGCCGACACCACUAAUAAAGAGAUGUGGAUUGAUAGUUGUCUUCCGCACAGUCUGAAGGUGUCGAUAUUGAACUGGUGUUGUGAGUCUCUGAAUCUGAACCAGCCUCUCGCCAACGAGCUGCUGGCUGAGCUGGUGAACAGUGACAAGCCUAUGACACUCCCCAGCCUCCUUACAUUGCUAGCUGAUACACUGCCUAGAUUGAUGCCCCACACGCUGGUGUCCCGACGCGCGGAGGCGGCGGCGCUGUGCGCGGCGGGCGCGGCGCUGCUGCCGCACAGUGAGCCGCGGAGGGCGCGUCUGCUCCACACUCUGCUCACGCUGGUCAAGAAACCUGAGCCGGCCGAUGCUAGGGCUAUUUGCGAAGCGACAUGUCUCGUAGUGAAAUGGGGCGGCAGCGGCGAAGUGUUAUCCUCAAUAGCCGAACUGCUAUCGUCGAGAUCGCCGGAACGACGCGUAUUAGCUAGCCAAAUAUGCGUAGCUAUAGCUCCAUACGUCCCAAUAGAGCUUUGCACGUCUCUCCUACUUAGUCUAGUAUUACUCAUGUGUGAAUCGAACGAAGUGGAAAUCAGGAGUUUGGGACUCAAAGCGGCCUGCCUUAUAUGUCCCGUGGCCGAUCAUAAGUAUGACCAGUUGGAGAAUCUCAUGUUCAAUUUCUUGAAGGACCCGGCCGAGAAGAAUGUUAAAGAUGCGGUGAAUAUUUUUGUGCCUGUGUUAGCGAGAAGUUCUUUAAUUGCAGGAAAAUUAUCAUCAGAUCUGUGUAGACGAGUCAUGACGAAUUUAGCCAAAUCCACGACCGAAGAGGACUGGAAACAGACCGUGUUAUAUUUAGAAGUGUUACGAAUGUUAGUGUUAGCUAAGCUGGCCUACGUAGUCAAUGUACAAAUAGUUAAGGAUACCAAGAGCGACUGUGAUAUGAUGAUACAUUUACAAGAAGUCCCGUUGGAAGGACAAGAGAGCUUUCUAGAGUUGCAGUGUUAUGUGGAUGGAGUGAGUGCUAAGUCGUUGGUUGUGGCGAUGAACAGUUUAAUCAAAGAGAAGCCUGAAGUUAGAUGGAGUCAGUUGACCUGGUUUAUUCAAUUAGUUAAGCAAAUAUUAGAAGUGACAACAAACAGUAAAACAUUAAAUCGCCCUACAGUAUACGAGCACCUAAUAUCUCUAUUCAGUAGUUACGUGGAAAAUUUCGGUGCGUAUUUCACGAGACACAUUCUGAAGCCGAUUUUCACGGAAAUCAUCGGAGACUUGGAGCAGAAAAUGGAGAAGUUACACGCGAUUAACGUUGAUAGUACAAUUGGUGUUGGUGUUUACCUCGUUGCUCUGUUACCUGCUAUUGAAAACAAGGCGAAAAACGGCGAGUUUUUGCAGAAAUGGAUAAUGUACAGUAGCUUACGCGGACUGCCUGUGAAGAUAUUCUCAGUGCCACUGAAGUGGGUGACGCUUCAUCGGCCCGACUCGAUCGAUGGAUAUCUGCAACAUCUAAGGGAUUUAUCAGCCAGCAGCUGCUCCAGUUCCCGCGGCAGUGAGAUCCGCUCAUACAUCGCACAGCUCAUCACUGAGCUGCUGAGUGUGGCCGACUUGCACGAGGGCUCCAUAGAGAAGCAGCUCAUCCCUGCUGUCGUGUCUUUACUACACACAGACCAAGUGUCGGUGCGCGAAGUGGCAAUAACCACGUGGGGCAGUGUGGCCCGCACCUGUGUAGUCCGCAAUUUAGAUUGUGCAGCGCUCUGCUGGCCGCCCAUGGAGGAGUUGCUGAGCUCCAGUCUGUCCAGCAAGGAGGCGGGGAGGGCUGCGGAAGUUAUCUCUAAUUUGAUACUACCUACGCCUGAUAGCAAUCCUGUAUCGGAAAGAGCGGUGUCGCUGCUGUGCCAGCUGUGCCACCGCGGCGUGGCCCCCGCCUGCGUGCCCGCGCUCGCGGCCGCGCUGCAGCGCGCUGCGCUCCUCGCGCCGCCGCAUCCCGCGCUGGCGCCCGCUCUGCGAAAGUUAGAAGAAGCCGUACAAAGUCCGCCGCUGUCCCAGUUCAAACCAACCAUAGAGUUGCUGAUCCACAGCAGCGCGGAGCUCAGCCCCGAGCCCGCGCGGGCCUCGCUGCAGCAGGAGGUGGGCCGCCGCGUCACGCAGAUGUUCCACACAUCCAAAACUAAUAUCAACCUGCCUAACAUCUUCAAGAAGAAGACUUAAUUAUUAUUUAAAAACAUAUUGUAACUGGCAUGUGCGGACGCGGAAUAGGAAAAAAAAUGGAAGUAGUCUUUCAAGAAAGUGAAGAAAUUAAAUAGCGCUUUCUUCUAUUGGCUGGCAACACUGGGAGUUUUGGUUGAUAAACGCCCAAACCCAGUGUUAGUUUUGGUUGAUAAACAAAUUUUUUUUCUGUUCCGUGUUCAUUUACAAUCUUUAACAUUAUAUUUGGUAUUGCAAUGGCAAAAAAUGUAUGUAAAUCCGUUUUCUCCACUUUCUUGCCGAACUGUGUCAUAAGACAAAUUUACUACAGCAUGUACAGGUGUCGCCAAACGCACACAUCAAACAAAUUUGUGCACUACAUCUACAUCUGUACACAUCACAUGCUAAUAGGGUCCUUAAUUAGGGUCCGUCCCUUUUUGCUCCGGUGCGCACCUUUGUCUUCCGUUGCGUUGACGUCCCUCGACUCGACUCAAACUACGUCGUCUUUUGUCAUUAGAGAGACUUUUACAUAAGAGCAAUAUUUACCGAUAUCGAACAAACAUAGUUAUAGAUAUUAAUUACUGUGUGUAAUUUUGUCAUAACUUUCCUUUACAACGUGAUUAUUUCUUACAAGUUUCUAGUAAAGUUAUCAAAUACGAAAACUUUGUCAACUAGACUAUUAUUACCUAUAUGUAUGUAUUACGACAAAUACAGUUUUAUGUUUUCAUACGGCUUCAUUUGGCGCACAACGUAAUUGGAUGUAAUAAAAAAAUAACUAAAUGUCAUCAUCUUUAAAAUAUCCAUAUUUCACAGACGUCCUAUUAGCCGGAAUAGGAUAGUUGACUAAUUUUUAUUUCGGUGACUACCCGAAGGCCCUUAUAUUAUUUAGAAACCUUAAGUGAAAAACAUACAGUGAUAAUGACAAUGAUUUCAAAGAUAUCACGUCACGACUGAGUAUAACUUAGCGAUAAAAGCUAUGUUUGUUCGAUAGCUGCCUCAAUUAUUGCGUUUAUAGCGAUGACUUCUUUAUAAAAGUUGUUUAAAAAUUUUAGAUUUUUAUGGUGGUUGCGUAUUUAUUUAUUUUUUUUUAAAUGAACUUUCCAACCAUCUUUUUACCUUCGUAUAAUGAUUCAGCGGCAUUGUUAGAGUUUAUGAAUUAUCACAAUGAUCUUAAAUGUAAAUCUAUCUAUUUUGUAUAAAGCACACAUAAUAUUUACAUUUUUCUGACCAUCACAUUUGUCAUAAGCACUAGAUAAUAAAGGUACUCAUAUUUUUUCUUUGGUUAAAUACCAUUUUAAAAUGUAUGUACUCAAUGACACUGUCAUAAACUUUUUAACGUAACAUUCCAAUUUUUGUCUUUAUGUACUUAAUUAACUUUUAAAAUGUUAUUUUUAGUUUAAGUAAAUGUGUAGUACAAACUUAACUUAGUGCAAGUCAUAAUACUGUUCUGAAUAAAAAAUAAAUAUAAUAUUAAGAUUAUUUAAAUAUACAUAUUGUAAUAUGUAUAUUUAAAUAAUCUCUUUGUUUACAGCUGUGUUUGCUAGUUACAUGUGUAUUAUCUUUUUUGUAUUUAGUAAAUGUAUCAACGCAGUAGUUUAUUCUGCAAUAUACGACAUCAUUUUAUAUAAUUUAAACAUAGCAUAUUAUGAAAUGUACUAAUUUUUUUGUUUUGUGUACAAGAAUUUUGUGAUAAACUAAUACUCCUGUUUAUUUUACAUCAAAAUAUAAUCCCGCUAUUAGAUGAUAUGUGGUUACUAAAUUUGGUGCUUCCUUUCUCACAUUUUGCUCUUCAUUUAUUAAGUCUAUAGUUUUAAUAUCUGUUGCAUAGUAUUAUUUUAAGAAUAUGUCCUUCAUAUUUUGUAAUUCUUGUUUCGUUUUGAAUUGUAUCUAUAAUUUUACAUGUAGUAAUAUUGUAAUAGUUGUCAAUUUUGUUAUAGAAUCUCAGAUAUUAUUAUCGGUUAUUAUUAUACCUGUAAGCUUUAUUCAGAUGAGUUUACCCAUCAUUAACAUAAUGUAUGAAAUUUAAACAUAUUCUGAGUCCAUCAUACCAAUACAGAGAGAGCACAAUGUGCAAUAUUUUCACUUAUGUUGUCUCGACAAAAGCGAAAAGGCGAAUAUCAAUUAAUAAAAUUACUAUUUUUAUUAUUGAAAAGUUUCUAAAUUCUAUACAUAGUAUUGAAGAAGUUAAUUUGCGAUCUAGUAUGUCCUUACCUGAUGUCUUCAAAUUCUUUGAAUAUUUCCUGGCAGUACCUAUACGUUCUUUUUAUGUUGGACCAUUGAACACUGACCUGACUACUUGUUAAUAUUUUAGUUGUGUCAAUAAUUAUGAAAUAUAAAUUUUAUUUUUA